GAAGGGAAACAAAAGAGCGAUCUUUAUCGUGGAAUCCCCCAUUUGGUGUCAGGCAUCGAUCUCCGGGAGCGGCUCGUGCCGAUCGUUAAUUCAACGGGGAGAUUGGAGCCCGAGAGGCGAGGAGUCGGGGGAGGAGACAUGGUGGAGCCGUAGAGAUCCGCUGUUGUCCUUGGUCCUUCCCUGUGCCCACCAUUCGACUACGAGGAAAAGGAGAACGGGCCAUCGCCUUUGCGGCGGUCGGAAUGCAGGCCAAUGGGGUGAAUGCCGCCCCCGCAACCGACCGCGGGGCCCCUGCUCCGUCGGACGCCAAAGGGAAGCACCGGAUCUCGGCGGAGCUCAAGCGAUUAGAGCAAGAAGCUCGAUUCCUGGAAGAAGAGAUUUCAGAACUUGAGAAAAUAGAGAAAGUUUCUGCUUCAUUGCACGAAUUGCUGCUUCAAGUAGAAAGUAGGCGAGAUCCCCUACUCCCAGAAACAACAGGAUCUACAAGCACAUCUUGGGACCGCUGGUUUGAAGGACCUCAAGAUAUGCCAGGCUGCAGAUGCUGGGUAUUCUGGUUCUAACUGAAAGAGAAAGUAACAGGUUAUUUUACUGUUUAAAACAUGAUUCGAGAAGGAAGAUACAUUGGAAGAGUUUUUUCUUAUUUUAUAUCAAGUGCAAAUUUUUCAUGAGAUUUGGAUAGAGUACUUUUGUACAUUAUGGCAUGAUUUGCAGCCUUAGAAGUUUUUUACUAAGAAAUGUUCACAACAUUUUUGCUUCAAAUUUUGAACCAGGUCUUCCUUGUACUUCCCUCUUGGCAUGUUAAAAGAGUCGCAUAUAUCUACUUCAGUAAUAUAGGUAUCUUUUCUCUCGUUUUGUCUACAUUACAAUUCGAUUAUGUUUUUGC